AUGAUUAUUUUAGAUGAACUUCCUUUUAGGAUUGUUGAGGGACAUGGUUUUAGAAAGUUUGUUUUAGUUUGCUGUCCUAGGUUUAAAAUCCCUUCAAGAUGGACUAUCAGUAGGGACAUUUUCAAGAUAUUUUCUGAUGAGAGGGUGAACUUGAAGAAGUUUUUUAGGACUAGCAGUCAGAGGGUAAGUAUCACAACUGAUACUUGGACCUCAGUCCAGAGAAUAAACUACAUGUGCAUAACUGCACAUUUCAUUGAUAGUGAGUGGAAGCUGCAAAAGAAAAUCAUUUCAUUUGUUCCUAUAUAUUCCCACAAGGGGGAAAGUAUUGCAAAGGCUUUAGAGAGUUGCCUUUUGGACUGGGGUCUAAAAUCAGUGUUUAGUGUGACAGUAGAUAAUGCUUCCAGCAAUGACACUGCCCUAGGAUUCUUGAAGAAGAAGUUGGUCUCUUGGGAUUGUACUGCUGUUAGGUGUAAGUAUUUGCACAUGAGGUGCAUUGCUCACAUCCUUAACUUGGUGGUACAGGAUGGGUUGAAAGAAUGUGACAGUUCUGUUAAGAAAGUCAGGGAUGCUGUUAGGUAUGUGAGGAGCUCACCUGCUAGGUUGCAGAAGUUUAAAUCACUAGCUGAUCUAAUUGGGGUGGAAGCUAAGAAUUCUCUGUGUCUAGAUGUCCCUACAAGGUGGAAUUCCACAUAUAUGAUGCUUAAUACUGCAUUAUUGUUUCAGAAGGUAUUUGAAGCCUAUGAUGAUCAUGACAGUUCAUUUAAAUCUGAUUUGGGUGGAAGUGUACCUGAUUUCUUGGAUUGGGAAUCCAUUCAAUCUUUGGUUAUGAUUCUGAAAUCUUUUUAUGAAAUGACUGUUAGGAUUUCUGGUUCAUUGUAUGUGACUUCUAAUACCUCCUUCUCUAAGAUUUCUGAUUUGUCUUGCUUAUUGAAAAAUAUGAAGGAAGCUACAGAAGAUAGUGUUAAACUGAUGGGUAAAAAUAUGAGGGCAAAAUUUGAUAAGUAUUGGGGUGAGCCUGAAAAAAUGAAUUUUUUGAUAUUUUAUGCAAAUAUCUUAGACCCCAGGGACAAAAUUGAGUAUAUGCCCAUUCAGUUUAACCAGUUAUAUGGUGAGGACAAGGGUAAAACAAUGUUUGAUAAGGUUAUUGUUGGCCUUAAGGAGUUGUUUGAAGAUUAUGUUGCAUGCUUCCCUGUCCAGUCUGUUGAACAAUCUGACAAAUCUUCUCCCUCAAUAACAAUAUCUGAUUAUGUUUCUGUUGGGAGACCUCAAUCAUUACUGAAAUCUCAGAUUAAGAAGCAAAAAUUGCAAUCUGAAAGGUUCCCUGUCUUAUCUAAAAUGGGAAGGGAUAUUCUAGUUGUUCCAAUAUCAACUGUUGCUUCAGAAUCAGCAUUCAGUAUAAGUGGAAGGGUACUUGAUGCCUUUAGGAGUUUCCUAACUCCUAGAAUUGUUGAGGCAUUGGUGUGUGCACAAGAUUGGCUAAGGUUAACUCAACCUAUCUCUAUUGAAGAAAAUAUUGAUGAUGUUGAAAGGAUUGAGAAAGAGUUGUGCAGCACAUCCAGCACUGGAGUUGGAUCUUCAGUGCCUACAAUUCUUAAUGAUGCUGCUGCAUGCUUGCCUGCUUGGAGAUUGGAGAAUGAUGCUGAUUGCUGA